GCCCGCCCCUCCUUCCUGGAGUCACAGCUGAAGCGGCAACGGCGGCGGCACGGAGAGGGGCGGCCAAGUGGCCCACGCGACACGCGCCGGGCCGGACCCUGUGCUGUGACUCGCGCGGCUCCGGCGCCUCCUGCCCCAGCGGCGGGACCGGGCUUCCCGCGGCGGGAUGUUCUCCCGGAGGAGCCAUGGGGAUGUGAAGAAGUCCACCCAGAAGGUGCUGGACCCCAAGAAGGACGUGCUGACCCGCCUGAAGCACCUGCGGGCGCUGCUGGAUAAUAUGGAUGCAAGUGAACUUAAGCAGUUUUUUGAGACCAACUAUUCUCAGAUAUAUUUCAUCUUCUAUGAAAAUUUUAUAACACUGGAAAAUAGUUUGAAAUUAAAAGGGAAUAAUAAGUCACAAAGGGAGGAGCUGGACUCUAUUCUCUUUCUUUUUGAAAAAAUACUACAGUUUCUACCUGAACGCAUUUUCUUUCGGUGGCAUUACCAGAGUAUAGGCUCAACUUUAAAGAAGCUUCUACACACUGGAAAUUCUGUUAAGAUAAGAUGUGAAGGAAUCAGGCUGUUUCUUCUGUGGCUUCAAGCACUUCAGACAAACUGUGCAGAAGAGCAGGUGCUGAUUUUUGCUUGCCUCGUGCCUGGUUUCCCAGCAAUCAUGUCCUCCAGAGGACCCUGUACUCUGGAGACACUCAUCAAUCCGAGCCCUAGUGUAGCUGAUGCAAAGAUAUAUCCAGAGGAAAUCACUCCACUCCUGCCAGCCAUAUCAGGGGAAAAGAUUGCUGAGGACCAAACAUGCUUUUUUCUUCAAAUACUGUUGAAAUAUAUGGUUAUUCAGGCUGCAAGCUUGGAGUGGAAAAAUAAGGAGAAUCAAGAUACCGGUUUUAAAUUUCUUUUUACAUUGUUUCGAAAGUAUUAUCUUCCUCAUUUAUUUCCAUCAUUUACUAAGUUAACAAACAUCUACAAACCUGUACUUGAUAUUCCCCAUUUAAGACCAAAGCCAGUGUACAUUAACACGACUCGAGACACUGAAAACAUUUAUAGUACAAAAAUUCCAUACAUGGCAGCUCGUGUUGUUUUUAUUAAGUGGAUUGUAACUUUCUUUUUGGAAAAAAAGUAUCUAACUACAAUACAAAACACUAAAAAUGGAGUUGAUGUAUUGCCUAAAAUCAUGCAGACUGUUGGUGGUGGUGCAGUGCAAGAGAGGGCACCGGAGCUGGAGGGUGGCGGGCCUGCAGAGCCAGACAAGAACCAUUCUAACAGCAGCACCUUGUCGGACCGGAGGCUCAGCAACUCUAGCCUCUGCAGCAUUGAAGAGGAGCACCGGAACGUGUAUGAAAUGGUGCAGCGCAUCCUCCUGUCAACGCGAGGUUAUGUCAAUUUUGUGAAUGAAGUAUUUCGCCAGGCAUUUUUGUUGCCUUCCUGUGACAUAGCUGUAACAAGGAAAGUAGUCCAAGUGUACAGAAAGUGGAUCCUCCAGGACAAACCUCUGUUCAUGGAAGAACCAGAUCAAAAGGAAGUUACCCAAGAAGAUGCUGAAAAAUUAGGAUUUUCUGAGACUGACAGCAAAGAGACUGCGCCUGAAAGUUCCCGUCAUAAGCGAUCUUCCAGUUGGGGCCGAACAUACUCCUUCACGAGUGCGGUGAGCAGAGGGUGUGUGGCAGAAGAGGAGAACAAGAGCGUGAAAGCCGGGGCCCAGGCUGUGUUGCAGGUGUUUUUGACAAAUGCUGCGAAUGUCUUUUUGCUGGAACCAUGUGCUGAAGUCCCCAUACUCUUGAAAGAACAAGUUGAUGCUUGUAAAGCUGUUUUGAUUAUUUUUAGGCGCAUGAUAAUGGAGCUUACAAUGAAUAAAAAGACAUGGGAACAGAUGUUGCAAAUACUGCUCAGGAUAACAGAAGCUGUCAUGCAGAAGCCAAAGGAAAAACAAAUAAAGGACUUGUUUGCCCAGAGCUUGGCAGGGUUACUCUUUAGGACACUCAUUGUGGCCUGGAUCCGAGCAAACCUCUGUGUGUACAUUUCUCGAGAGCUCUGGGACGACUUUCUUGGUGUGCUGUCCUCCCUCACACAGUGGGAGGAGCUCAUAAAUGAGUGGGCCAACAUCAUGGACUCCUUGACAGCAGUGCUUGCAAGAACUGUUUAUGGCGUGGAGAUGACAAACCUACCUCUGGACAAAUUAAGUGAACAAAAGGAAAAGAAACAACGAGGCAAAGGCUGCGUUCUAGAUUCUCAGAAAGGAACCACUGUGGGGAGAUCCUUUUCUCUCAGCUGGCGGAGCCACCCAGAUGUGACCGAGCCAAUGAGAUUUAGGAGUGCCACCACAUCUGGGGCACCAGGAGUUGAGAAAGCAAGAAAUAUCGUUCGCCAAAAAGCAACUGAAAUGGAAGAAAGUCAGCAGUCAGAAAAUGCACCUGCCGUCGAGUCUGGCCACCUGGUGGCAGAGCAGCAGCCGCGGUUCCUGCGGAGCAGCAGCACACCUGAUGUCACCGAGCCGCUGUGCUCGGAGUCCGCUCAGGGUCAAAAGGUAGAAAAUGUACAGAAUUUGAGUUCUUCUGAGCUGAAGCCUAUUCAAGAGAACAAAGGACAUGUGAAGAAAGAAUAUGAAGGAAUAACAAUCUUAGUUCGAAGAAGCAGCAGCUCCGCUGAAUUGGAUUUAAAAGAUGAUUUGCAGCAGAUGCAAGGAAAAUGUAGGGAAAGACAGAAGAGUGAAAGUGUCAGCAGUGACACGGCUCUGGGCUAUAACAAUGAGGCCGAGUUGUCCAUGAGCUCAUGGCAGACCUGUGAGGAAGAUGCAGACCUGAACACUCCCGCAGAUGUGGCUGACUCCGAUGCCCGCCAUUGGUUACAACUGAGUCCCGCCGAUGCUUCAAACUUAACAGAUAGCAGUGAAUGCCUUGCAGAUGACUGUAGCAUAAUCGCUGGAGGGAACCUCACUGGUUGGCACCCAGACUCUGCUGCUGUGUUAUGGCGAAGAGUCUUGGGAAUCCUCGGAGAUGUGAAUAAUAUCCAGUCACCCAAGAUCCAUGCCAAAGUUUUUGGCUAUCUCUAUGAACUGUGGUACAAACUAGCAAAGAUACGGGAUAAUCUGGCCAUAAGCCUGGAUAACCAAACUUCUCCAUCUCCUCCGGUCUUGAUCCCACCACUCAGAAUGUUUGCAUCAUGGCUAUUUAAGGCGACGACAUUGCCAAAUGAAUAUAAGGAAGGCAAACUGCAAGCCUACAAACUGAUCUGUGCCAUGAUGACCAGACGCCAGGACGUUCUGCCAAACUCAGACUUCCUGGUGCACUUUUACCUUGUGAUGCACCUGGGAUUAACCAGCGAGGAUCAGGAUAUCUUAAAUACCAUUAUAAAGCACUGUCCACCCCGCUUUUUCUCCCUGGGUUUGCCUGGCUUCUCAAUGCUGGUGGGGGACUUCAUCACGGCUGCUGCCAGGGUCCUCGGGACAGACAUGCUGGCGGCCCCUCGUUCAGAAGCUCUCACCAUUCUCGGUUCUCUCGUCUGCUUUCCCAACGUCUACCAGAAGAUCCCUCUGCUGCAGUCCGUGCCGGAAGUUGGUGAAGUCAUCACAGGAACCGAAGAUGUCAAGCAUUACCUCAUAAAUAUUUUACUGAAGAAUGCCACAGAGGAACCAAGUGAAUGUGCAAGAUGCAUUGCCAUUUGCUCCCUCGGGGUCUGGAUAUGUGAAGAACUUGCACAGUGUACGAGCCAUCCUCAGCUGAAAGAGGCCAUCAAUGUGAUAGGUGUCACUUUGAAGUUUCCUAACAAAAUCGUGGCUCAGGCAGCUUGUGAUGUUCUUCAGUUGCUGGUUUCCUACUGGGAAAAGCUUCAGACGUUUGAAACCUCUCUGCCUCUGAAAAUUGCAGAAAUCCUUGUGGCCACAAUUGCUUUUCUUUUACCAAGUGCAGAGUACUCCUCAGUGGAAACAGAUAAGAAGUUCAUUGUGUCCUUGCUCCUCUGCCUCUUGGACUGGUGCAUGGCAUUGCCGGUGAGCGCCCUGCUCCGCCCGGUGUCCACGGCGGCCCUGGAGGAGCAGCACUCACGCAGAGCCCCUUUGCUGGAUUACAUCUACAGGGUUCUGCACUGCUGUGUUUGUGGCUCAAGCACAUACACCCAACAGAGUCACUACACACUGACCCUGGCUGACCUGUCAUCCUCAGAUUAUGACCCCUUCCUGCCACUGGCAAACGUGAUGAAUUCUGAGCCAGUCCAAUAUCACUCAUCAGCAGACCUGGGCAACCUGCUUACUGUUGAAGAGGAGAGGAAGAGACGAAGUUUGGAGCUGAUCCCUCUUACUGCCCGUAGGGUGAUGGCCCACCUGGUGAACCACCUGGGACACUUCCCUCUCCGUGGGGGCCCGGCCGUGCUGCACAGCCUGGUCAGUGAGAACCACGACAACACACACGCGGAAGCCUCUGAGCUCUCCUCCGAGGUGUUCAGGAGCCCGAACUUGCAGCUGUUUGUAUUUAAUGACAGCACCCUCAUCUCCUACCUCCAGACUCCCACAGAAGGCCUGGCAGGCGGCUCAGCAGUGGGCGCUCUCUCGGAUGUGAGAGUCAUUGUAAGGGACAUCUCAGGGAAGUACUCUUGGGAUGGGAAGGUGUUGUAUGGACCUUUGGAAGGCUGCUUAGCACUCAACACCAGGAAUCCUUCAUUUCUGAUUUCGGGCUGGCAUCAUCAAACAUUUGGACCUCCGAGAGAGAGUUCUCAAACUGAGGAGGGAGAUGAUGCCCUCGACAAAUUACUUGAAAACAUUGGCCACACAAGUCCUGAAUGCCUUUUACCGUCGCAAUUAAAUCUAAAUGAGCCUUCCCUACCCCCAUGUGGAAUGAAUCGCGACCAAGAGAAGGAAAUCAUCGAGGUCAUUUUGCGCCAGAACGCACAAGAAGAUGAGCAUGUUCGGAGGAUUAACUCCGAUUCGGCCAUGAGAGUCACCAGCCAGGAACAGCCCUCGCCCGUGGAGCCCCGAGGACCCUUUUAUUUCUGCAGGUUGCUGCUUGAUGACUUGGGAAUGAAUUCUUGGGACAGAAGGAAGAAUUUUCAUCUAUUGAAGAAAAAUUCAAAAUUAUUGAGAGAGCUAAAAAAUCUGGACUCCCGUCAGUGCCGUGAAACGCAUAAAAUUGCAGUGUUUUACAUUGCUGAAGGUCAAGAAGACAAGUGUUCAAUCCUCUCCAAUGAAAAAGGAAGCCAAGCAUAUGAAGACUUUGUUGCUGGACUUGGAUGGGAGGUGGAUCUCUCAACCCACUGUGGGUUCAUGGGUGGACUUCAGCGCAACGGCAGCACAGGACAGACCGCCCCUUACUAUGCUACCUCGACUGUGGAAGUGAUUUUCCACGUUUCCACUCGGAUGCCAUCAGACUCCGAUGAUUCACUCACCAAAAAGCUUCGUCACUUGGGGAAUGACGAGGUGCACAUCGUCUGGUCUGAACACUCCAGGGACUACCGCAGGGGUAUUAUCCCAACUGCCUUUGGAGACGUUUCAAUCAUUAUUUACCCAAUAAAGAAUCACAUGUUCUUUAUCGCGAUAACGAAGAAACCAGAGGUUCCAUUUUUUGGGCCUCUGUUUGAUGGAGCCAUAGUGAGUGGGAAGCUACUGCCAAGCCUCAUAUGUGCCACGUGCAUCAACGCCAGCAGGGCCGUGAAGUGCCUCAUCCCGCUCUACCAGAGCUUCUACGAGGAGCGAGCUCUCUAUCUCGAAGCCAUAAUUCAGAACCACCGCGAAGUAAUGACAUUUGAGGAUUUCGCAGCCCAAGUCUUUUCUCCGUCUCCCAGCUACUCCCUCGGCGGAACGGGGCCCUGGCCGCCAGCCUGAGUGCCUACCUCACGCCUCUCGGCCGGGAGAUGGCCGGGACCCCAGCCCCACCAGAACCUCCAGACCCAGAGCCUCCGGACACUGCUUUGCUGGUGCCCUCAGCAGGCCUUCCCGCCAGCCGGCUCCUGGAGGAAAGACAGACCCCGCGGGAACGUUGCCAAUUGGACUUUCAGACCGGGUGGCGUGGUCCUGCCCCACAACCUCACGAACCUGGGGCUUCAAAAGGAGAAAAGAAAACGUCAGCAACAAACAGAUCCAGCCGCCCUGGCGUGGGCGUGGGUGAGGCUGCUCGGAACAGGCUCCGCGGAGAAGAGCCAGGCUUUGGGGGAGGGCGCAGGCCGCCGG